AUCCAACCAAAGUCGAAAUAGCUCAUAAAUUCAAUUGAAAAACUCAAACCUUUGGACUCCACUUUGUUUCCAACCUUGUGUUUCUAACAAACCUUCUUGUAGGGACAUCAUUAUAGGUGUAGAAAAACACCUGUAGGCUGCUGUAUAUAUAAAAACUGACUUCACAAGAUCUUAGACUGUCCACCCUUUGACAUGGCAUCGAUUGGAACAAGACGGCUGGGUCUUCCCAGACCGCCCAUUCCAUGGGAACCUGGUUUUCAGGAAGAUACGAACACACCCGUGAAGAUCUCCGGCCGGCCGCAGGGUGCUUUAUUAAUGCCAAAAAGAAAACCUCUCCCCAGUGUGUUUGCUUUGGGAAAGUGUCCUCCUAAACCACAGAGACCUCCGCAUGUCAACUGUGAUGUGUUCAGAAGAAACGCUAAGAAAUCCAGUCCAGAAACCAACAAUACAGAAUUAUUCCCACCACCACCUGAUCUCCUGUCAAUCACAUCUGAGACUCCGCCUCUACCAGAUAACUUUAUAUUCCCUCCUGUGCCCCCUUCAUUGGUUCCGGGUCUUCUGGAGGGUUAUGAUGAUGUGGAAUUCAUGAACACAACGCCAUCUUCAUUAGGUAAAAGCAGCGGUGAUCUUCAGGAGUCGAAUGAGGAAACGUAUGAGGAUUGUGACAGCAGCCGGCCCGAACACGACAAUGAAUCGAGUGAGAAAGAAAAAACGAACGAUUCGAAAGCAGUCAAGAAAAGAUUUGAUAGAGACGAGAAGAAGCGCUCGGAGCAGGAGAAGAAAGAGAAGAGACUGCAGGAGAAGAGAGAGCAGGAGGCCAGGAAAAAGUUUAAAAUCAAAGGUCCGGUCAUGGUGGUUUCAACAGUGAAAGCUAAUGUAGACCAUAAGAGCGGCAAGAACAAGCUUCCGCUGAAACGGGGCGAGACCAUCCACAUCAUUCGCACAACUGAAAACCCAAAGAGCUACUGGCUGGCCAGAAACAGAGAAGGCCACUACGGUUUUGUAAAGCCUGACACGGUAGAUGAGUGCACUGAAAUAAUCACACGCAAUGUUUUGUAUAAUCACAAUAACACGGGAACGGAUGAUCACCUCAAAAAUUUACCUGCUGGUAAGCCACAACUAUCACUUUCUUUAUGUAAAAAAAAUGCGUAUGGACCAUUGCGAUAUUUGAGCACGUAUUAAUUGUAGGAAAUGUAAAUGAGCAUGAUUGGUUUGUAACAGCAGAUGAAAGUGAUGCUGAUGUGUAUGCAUAUGUGGAAGAGGAUUUCAG